GCCACCUGUCAGUGUCCAUCAGUGCCAGCUCUCAGUGCUCAUUCAUGCCACCUGCCAGUGCCCAUCAGUGCCACAUCAGUGCCACAUUUCAGUGCCCAUCAGUGCCACAUCAGUGCCACAUAUCAGUGCCCAUCUGAGCUGCCUUUCAGUGUCACCCAUCAGUGCUGCCAAUCAGUGCCACCUAUCAGUGCCAGUCAGUGCAUCCUAUCAGUGCAAUGCCCAUCAAUGCCACCUAUCAGUGUCCAUCAGUGCAGCCUAUCAGUGCCCAUCAGUGCAGCCUCAUUAGCGCACAUCAGUGAAGGAGAAAAAUCACUUAUUUACAAAAUUUUAUAA